CUUCAAGCUGAUCCUGUGGUAGCUGUAUUGAUCCAGAAAGUGCGAGUGCAUUCCAGGUGUAGCCAACUUACACUAGGAUGUUCAGACCAAGCUUUCAGCACAAUGAGAAGGGUGUCCCGAGACUUGGAGAUUCAUCUGAUGGAGCAGUAUUUAGCAGGUUGAGAAAGCAACCAACCGGCAAGUGUCUACCUCCCGACAUUGUACGCAAAGAUGAGAUGAGCAACUACUUGCUGUUAUGGAUGCCUUUGAAGACUCUUCGUUAUGGACGCCUUUGAAGGCUCGUCUGCCACCAGAAACACAUGGGCUGGAGGGAAAACAUACUGAAGCAACUCAACCUACCGCAUCAUCUCCAGUUUCCAGUCGUGCUUUCUUACCACCUGGCCUGCGACAACCGAGUUCUGCAAUUGCUCAUGUACCCCCGACUCAGGAACAGUUCGUCACAAGACUGUGGAAUGAAAGAGUGGUUCUGUACCCUGAAAAUUGCAAGAAGUUCUGUGAUGCUCGUGACAGUGGCCUGAUAACUGCACCAAAAUUUGAUGACAUCUCCAGAAUAAUCCCCAUACCCACUGUCAAAUGGUUCCUCACCAUCUACUGCAACGAGGUGAUGGGAAGAAUCGACAAGCUCACGGCUUCUAUCAGAUCGACUUUUGGGAGAGUGCUGAAGGUUGACUCUACCAAAAAGGUAACAAUCGUUUUAAUUUCUUAAUUAAUUUGGCUAAUAUUUGCUUAACUUCACCUUAUGUUUGGUUUUUUUUUUUUUUGCAGAUUGUCAGAAAGCUAGCUGGCCACCUCUCAGGGACAGCAGCAUGGGCAACCAACGUCGGAAAUGAUUACAUUCAAGUGCUCAUUUCAGUCCUGACUGCUACAGAAGGAUGUGGCCUAGACAACAUGCUAAAGGGUAUCAUUGAUAGAUACGUCUCAGCUAGCGUACCCCAUUUCGAGUUCCUCUACG